AUAAGUUUUGCAUACUUUGCGUAACAGUUGCUCAAGCAACACCGUUCGCUGCAAAUAACAGGUGAAAGUGAUGUCUACAAACCGAGCCAAGUGCAAAACACGAAGACUAGUUCCCUGCGAACUGUUUCGCGAAUUUCACAAUUUGCAAUACCCAGUGAAGUGUCAAACGUAACAGAUUAAUUGUCAAAGCGGAGCGAUGGCUCAGCUCGGGCAUUUGUUUCACUUCUGAAUGUGAUAAUUCCUCGGUGAUACCGUCCAUUCUUCCGUCAUGGAUACAGAACAGAAUAACAACUGUGUUGGAAUGGACAAGAAGGCCUUCAAAGGCACAGACACCGGUACCGAGCUAACUAAAGUGACGGUGAACGGAGCUCCUCCCGCCAGGGCGACGACUACCUGCACCCCGGAGGUCUGCAGGUCAGCCCGGCAACGAUUUCAACCCCCGGACUUGUCCUCCGACAGUCCGUGGAACCAGAAAAAGACUUACUUCUUCAUCGGCACGUUAGUGAUAUUCGCGGUGUGGAUUGUUAUUUAUUCGAUUGUAAGUGAACUCAAGCUAGUGUGAUAUUUAAUCGGUUGUUAUAAUUUUUAACACUGUUUGUGAUUAUUAAUAAAUUUUGUUACAUAUAUUUAAGAGAUUUUGUGGGUAAACACACUUUUGGUAGAAAAAAUUAUAAAUUUAAAUAACUUGGAAGUCUUGCUCUCGUUUCCAGUUAAAUUUAG